UGCAUCGAUCGCCCGCUACGAGUGAAAAUUUUUCAGAGGAGGCAACCCUGACUAACCUUGCCAUCGAGACCAACCGACUCCGAGACUCUGUCUAAGUUGUUGACGGGGUUCAAGAGGGGGCAAAGGGACAGAAGGAGAGGCAGACGAGCCAGACAGAGAGAGUUGUCCAGCAAGCCCGCCAGCCAUAAAAAUAGUUCGACCUCGUUUGUUGUGUCUACGACAGUCCACCUGACCUGCGACUGCCCACACCGCACGCAGGUGGCUUUGAAGCGUACUACUGGCGGCGGCGGCUGCUGCUUUCGUUCUUUUCACUUUCAGGUCAAUUUCUCACCGGCAGGACCCAACCGCUGAGCGAUCAACAGAACAAAACACCAUCCCAUCGUCGUCCAUUCACCACUGUCGACCGCCGACCACCACCACCACUACCACAAAUCCCUCAUUCGCGUCUCCUUUGUCUCGCAUCCCACACCUCACACCUCACUCUUCGUCCAGCUGACCUUCCUCUCGACGCCUUCCUUAUUCUUACACACUGCUUUGCUGGUCGUGUGCUCGGAAAGAGACUGACUCGGCACAGCCGGAUUCAGCGACCCUAAAAGCUCGACCCAAGACCAUCCUUAACCCCGGGCGCAGCCACCAAACCGCCUACUACCUACCACCUACAGCCCUACAAGAUUUGGAGAUUUCAGCGGGUCCGAGCUCUGGAAAGUCGACAUCAUCGCCCCUGUCAUCACCACCCAAAGCCUCCAAUCUCCGUCCCUGUGGUUGCCUCCUUGUCUGCAACAUCGUAUUCUGUGCUGGGGAAAUACCCUUGAUAAUCAACCGCCGGCUACCUUUUCCACAGCCCUCCUCCCACGGAUUUGCACAAAACAUAACGGCCUCUUGCACACUCUUUUCCUGGAAAAUACUCCUCAACUCAAAAAAUUACAGAGAGAGCUGAGGUCGCUGGUCAUGAGCUUGCCAAAUGCGGUGCACCAUCAUCGUCGACGGAGUUCAUCUCUCGAGCGCAGGGAUCCUUAUUCCUCACCCUCUGUUUACUACGAUGAGGAAGCCGUGAGACGACAACUCUUGGGGUCACGAAAUAGAGCCGUCACUUCAUACAUCAAAACCACUCGCGAAAACGCUCUCGAGGCUUUCAAGGGCAACUAUCCCGCUCGGAGGACAAGUCACGAUGAACACCACCAACAACACCAGGAGUUACUGGUGGACGUUGACCGCACCUUGGAGGAUCUUUUGGAACGGGAAGACGUGGACAAGAACCAACAAAUCACAAUAGAAGAUAACGGUCCCAAGCACAUCAACUUGGGCACAUUGGCUUCUGCAGGCUACCGCUCGGCCGAAGUCCGCGGAAAUUACAUGAUCAGCAACCUCCUACAAGAGUUAACUCUGGCUAAAGAUUUGGGCAAGAAGGUGGUCAAGAUACACCGCUCUCGACUGAGUGAAAACCCGGUCGAUCGCCUUUCGCGCCGCAUCAGGGAUGAGUUUUGGAACAAUCUGACCCGGUGCCUGGACGCCGCCACAAUCGAAAAGGCCGGUCGCGAUCCCAAAGACUGGACUGCCGAUCCCAGGCCUCGCAUCUAUAUUCCCUCUGGCUGCCCGGAGCAGUUUGAAUACUACACCCAGGUUGCCAAAGACCGGCCUGACAUGCGACUAGAUGUGCGCUACCUUCCCGAAGGUCCCAUCACUGCAGAAUACGUACGGGGGCUCAAUGAUGCACCUGGCAUUCUGGCGCUGGCUAUGAAGAAAGAGAUGGUCAAUGGACAAGAGACACUCAAGGGGGAGCCGUUCGUUGUGCCAGGAGGACGUUUCAAUGAGCUUUACGGGUGGGAUAGCUACAUGGAGUCCCUGGGUCUGCUUGAAAACGGAAGGGUCGACCUGGCCAAGUCCAUGGUGCUGAACUUUACCUUCUGUAUCAAACAUUAUGGCAAGAUUUUGAACGCCAACCGGUCUUAUUACCUCACUCGAUCACAACCGCCCUUCCUGACCGACAUGGCCCUGAAGGUCUAUGACAAAAUCAAGCACGAACCGGGAGCCCUAGAUUUCUUACGCCUCGCCAUCCGAGCCGCCAUCAAGGAAUACUACAACGUGUGGAUGUCGGCACCUCGUUACGAUCCGGCGACUGGGCUGUCACGAUACCGGCCCGAUGGCCUGGGUGUCCCACCAGAGACCGAGGCGUCUCACUUUGUGCACAUACUGACACCGUAUGCCAAAAAGCACGGGAUGACGUUUUCGGAGUUUGUCGAAGCCUAUAACAGUGAAAAGGUGCACGAGCCCGAGCUGGAUGAAUACUUUUUGCACGACCGUGCCGUCCGCGAAUCUGGCCACGACACGUCGUACCGGUUGGAAGGCUGUGCGGCAAACUUGGCCACAAUCGAUCUGAAUUCGCUGUUGUACAAGUACGAAAUUGACAUUUCCUGGUGCAUCCGACAGUAUUUCAAAGAUCGGUUGAGCAUACCCACCGAGUUUCAGACCGACGCCAAUAGAAGGGAAGGAUUCGAGACGUCGGCCACGUGGGAUCGACGAGCGCGAAUGCGCAAGGCCCGCAUUGACAAGUAUAUGUGGAACGAAGCCAAGGGCAUGUACUUUGACUAUGACACGGUCAAUAGGAAGCGCACCACCUACGAGACGGCAACCACCUUCUGGGCGAUGUGGGCAGGAUGUGCGUCUCCCAAACAGGCGGCUGCGCUGGUGCUCAACGCUCUGCCCAAGUUUGAUUGCUUUGGAGGCCUGGUGUCAGGCACUGAGGAGAGUCGCGGAGAAGUCGGCCUUGAUCGACCCAACCGGCAAUGGGACUAUCCGUUCGGAUGGGCUCCCCAGCAGAUGCUGGCAUGGGGAGGCUUCAUCAAGUAUGGAUAUAUUGAGGAAGCACAGCGACUGGCGUACAAGUGGCUGUACAUGGUCACCAAGGCAUUUGUCGACUUCAAUGGGGUGGUGGUGGAGAAGUACAACGUGACUCGAGAGCUGGACCCGCACAAGGUCGAGGCCGAGUAUGGCAACCAAGGCGCUGACUUCAAGGGCGUUCCCCGAGAAGGGUGAGUUUUUUUGGGGCGAGUCUGUUUUUGCCCCGCCUUGUCACUGACGGCGUUCAGGUUCGGCUGGGUCAAUGCCAGCUACGUGUAUGGAUUGUCUUUUAUCCCGAUGCACAUGAAGCGCGCUCUCGGCACCCUCACACCAUACGAGACGUUUGCGAAGGCGACCGAAAUCAAGCUCGGAGCGGGCGAGGGGACCAUUCAAGAAGGAUCAGACGAAUCGAGGCCGGACUCGUCAGACGAGGCGGCCGUCAGUUCGAGCCUGGACUCGGUAUGAAGAGGAAGUAAGGUCUCAAUCCUGAUGCCGGCGGGAUUGUUUGUUUGUUUGUUUGUUUUGUGGCAUUUCCGGCAAGCGAGUCGGUGGAUACGAUUCCCGAUGCAUCCUCUAUUCGAGGGAAUAGAUUUGGGGGGCAUCAUGCAAAAAAGACGAGACUGUUUAUGGUUAGCGAGCAUGAGAGCAUCGGGCCUCGAGAUUGCAUUCGGAGGCUCUUCUUCCAUCAGUUAUCCUUUGGGCAGGCGUGGUCAAGGGGAGUUUGUUUUUGCUUCAAGGCGACAGCUGAGAAGCGGGGGAAAGAGGCCAGGUGAAGAACCUGGGGAGGAAUUCUUGGUAUACAUAGCCUUUGAUAUUGUUGCAGCUGCGGGAAGGAAAGAGCCACUGUAGAGGCGCCCGCCGAGCUGAAGAGUAUGAGCAAUUGCAAGCAGCACCAGCAGGACCAGCACCAUACAGAGCAUCAAAGCAG